AUGCAAUCAGCAAUGAAGUUGUUUUUCAUUUUUCUGGUUGGUGUCUUCUCUGUGUCCUGUGGUCCUUCAGCUCCUCAGAUGAAAACAAGAGAUGUUUUAGAAAGAACACACAAAUGUUUCCUGGUUGGUGGUGAAUGCAAGUCUGAAUGUAACAGUUGGGAGUAUGAAUUCGAUUUCUGUUACACUGGGCCUUGCUGUGUGAUGCGAGAAUACAAAAGAGUAGAGAAAUUCUCAAAUACUCCCAAAUAUACAACUUAA